AUGUGCGGGCGGAGGCGGUCACGCUCUGCCGCCGCGCUCGCUGCUCGAUCGCUAUCAGCGGUGCUCCGCCGUGUCCUCGCUCGGCUCGCACGAGCUCUAGCGCGAGCGGACGAUGCGACCGUUUCGAAAUGGCGCAACGCGGAGGCCGUGACGCCGCGACCGCACGAGCGAGAGAAUGUCCGCUCGGCGCGAGCGAGAAACGAGCGCGGACGGGCAGUUUCGCAACCUCGGAUGGGCUCGCGGGGACCGAAAUAA